CGGAGCUCACGCCUGCGGCCCCGCGCGAGCCCCGUCCGCUCCGGCCGCCGAGCCCGCGCCCCGCGCCCCGGCCAUCGCUGCGUCCCGACCGAGCGCCGAGCCCCGCGCGAUGCGACGCUCCUGGGCGGGCGGCGCCGCGCUCCUGGCGCUGCUGGCCGCGCACUUCCAGGCGAGUCCGGCGCUGGAGGAGAAGAAAGUUUGCCAAGGUACAAGUAACAAGCUCACCCAGCUGGGCACUUUCGAAGACCACUUUCUGAGCCUCCAGAGGAUGUUCAAUAACUGCGAGGUGGUCCUGGGGAACUUGGAGAUCACCUACAUGCAGAACAGCUACAACCUAUCUUUCCUAAAGACCAUUCAGGAGGUCGCCGGCUACGUGCUCAUCGCCCUCAACACCGUGGAGAAGAUCCCUUUGGAAAACCUGCAGAUCAUCCGAGGAAAUGUGCUGUAUGAAAACACCCAUGCCUUAGCCGUCUUAUCCAACUACGGGGCCAAUAAAACCGGCCUGAGGGAGCUGCCCAUGAGGAACUUACAAGAGAUCCUGCAAGGCGCCGUGCGCUUUAGCAACAACCCUGCUCUCUGUCACGCGGAGUCCAUCCAGUGGAGGGACAUUGUCAACAGCGACUUUCUAAGCAACAUGUCCAUGGACUUUCAGAGCCAGCUGGGCAGCUGCCCGAAGUGUGAUCCAGGCUGUCUCAAUGGGAGCUGCUGGGGUGCUGGGAAGGAGAACUGCCAGAAAUUGACCAAAGUCAUCUGUGCCCAGCAGUGCUCCGGGCGCUGCCGCGGCCGGUCGCCCAGUGACUGCUGCCACAACCAGUGCGCCGCUGGCUGCACGGGGCCGCGGGAGAGCGACUGCCUGGUUUGCCGCAGGUUCCGUGACGAGGCCACCUGCAAGGACACAUGCCCGCCGCUCAUGCUCUACAACCCCACCACCUACCAGAUGGACGUCAACCCGCUGGGGAAGUACAGCUUUGGCGCCACCUGUGUCAAGAAGUGCCCUCGUAACUACGUGGUGACAGACCACGGCUCCUGUGUCCGUGCCUGCAGCUCCGACAGCUACGAGGUGGAGGAGGACGGCGUCCGCAAGUGUAAAAAGUGUGACGGGCCCUGCGGCAAAGUUUGUAAUGGGAUAGGGAUUGGCGAGUUUAAGGACACACUUUCCAUAAACGCUACGAAUAUCAAGCACUUCAGGAACUGCACCUCCAUCAGCGGAGAUCUUCAUAUCCUGCCGGUAGCAUUUAGGGGUGACUCCUUCACACGCACACCGCCUCUGGACCCCAAGGAACUGGACAUCCUGAAAACCGUGAAGGAAAUAACAGGGUUUUUACUGAUUCAGGCCUGGCCUGAAAACAGGACUGGCCUCCAUGCUUUUGAGAACCUGGAAAUCAUACGUGGCAGGACAAAGCAACAUGGUCAGUUUUCCCUCGCGGUUGUUGGCCUGGACAUAGCGUCCUUGGGGCUGCGCUCCCUCAAGGAGAUCAGCGACGGAGACGUGAUCGUCUCAGGAAACCGAAACCUGUGCUACGCAAAUACAAUCAGCUGGAAAAAACUAUUUGGGACCGCAAGUCAGAAAACCAAAAUUAUAAACAACAGGAGUGAAAAAGAGUGCAAAGCCAUGGGCCACAUCUGUAACCCGCUGUGCUCAUCAGAGGGCUGCUGGGGCCCUGAACCCAGAGACUGCAUGUCCUGCCGAAACUUUAGCCGAGGCAAGGAAUGUGUGGAGAAGUGCAACGUUCUGGAGGGGGAGCCGAGAGAGUUCGUGGAGAAUGCCGAAUGUGUGCAGUGCCACCCGGAGUGCCUGCCCCAGGCCAAGAAUGUGACCUGCACGGGACGCGGCCCGGACAGCUGUGUCCGGUGUGCUCACUACAUCGACGGCCCUCACUGUGUCAAGACCUGCCCCGCGGGAAUCGCAGGAGAAAACAGCACCCUCAUCUGGAAGUUUGCGGAUGCCAACCACGUGUGUCACCUGUGCCACCCCAACUGCACCUACGGCUGUGUCGGACCAGGUCUCGAGGGCUGUGCGGUAGACAGGCCCAAGAUCCCGUCCAUCGCCACCGGGAUAGUGGGGGGCCUGCUUCUGGCCGUGGUGCUGGCCCUGGGGGUCGGCCUCUUUCUUCGCAGGCGCCACAUCGUCCGCAAGCGCACGCUGCGCCGGCUGCUGCAGGAGCGGGAGCUGGUUGAGCCUCUCACACCCAGUGGAGAAGCUCCCAACCAAGCUCUCUUGAGGAUCCUGAAGGAGACGGAAUUCAAAAAGGUCAAGGUGCUGGGCUCCGGCGCGUUCGGCACGGUGUACAAGGGCCUCUGGAUCCCAGAAGGUGAGAAGGUGAAAAUUCCUGUGGCUAUCAAGGAAUUAAGAGAAGCCACUUCUCCAAAAGCCAACAAGGAAAUUCUUGACGAAGCCUACGUGAUGGCCAGUGUGGACAAUCCUCACGUGUGCCGCCUCCUGGGCAUCUGCCUGACCUCCACGGUGCAGCUCAUCACGCAGCUCAUGCCCUUCGGCUGCCUCCUGGACUACGUCCGCGAGCACAAGGACAACAUCGGCUCCCAGCACCUGCUCAACUGGUGUGUGCAGAUCGCAAAGGGCAUGAACUAUCUGGAAGACCGGCGCUUGGUGCACCGAGACCUGGCGGCCAGAAAUGUGCUGGUGAAGACACCGCAGCACGUCAAGAUCACCGACUUCGGGCUGGCCAAGCUGCUGGGCGCCGAGGAGAAAGAGUACCACGCGGAAGGAGGCAAAGUGCCCAUCAAGUGGCUGGCUCUAGAGUCAAUCCUGCACCGUGUAUACACCCACCAGAGUGACGUCUGGAGCUACGGAGUCACCGUUUGGGAGCUGAUGACCUUUGGGUCCAAGCCUUAUGACGGGAUCCCCGCGAGUGAGAUCUCGACCGUCCUGGAGAAGGGAGAGCGCCUCCCGCAGCCCCCCAUCUGCACCAUUGAUGUCUACAUGAUCAUGGUCAAGUGCUGGAUGAUAGAUGCUGAUAGUCGCCCAAAGUUCCGUGAGCUGAUCAUCGAAUUCUCCAAAAUGGCCCGAGACCCCCAGCGCUACCUUGUCAUCCAGGGAGACGAGCGAAUGCACUUGCCAAGCCCUACGGACUCCAACUUCUACCGCGCCCUGAUGGACGAGGAGGACAUGGAGGAUGUGGUGGACGCCGACGAGUACCUCGUCCCCCAGCAGGGCUUCUUCCACAGCCCCGCCACCUCCCGGACGCCGCUGCUCAGCUCUCUGAGCGCCACCAGCAGCACCCCCGCUGUGGCUUGUGUUGACAGAAACGGGCAGAGUUAUCCCCUCAAGGAAGACAGCUUCCUGCAGCGGUACAGCUCUGACCCCACUGGUGCCCUGACCGAGGACAGCCUAGACGACACUUUUCUCCCAGCACCCGAAUAUGUAAACCAGUCUGUUCCCAAGAGGCCCGCGGGCUCCGUCCAGAACCCUGUCUACCACAAUCAGCCUCUCAGUGCAGCUCCUGGCCGGGACCCCCACUACCAGAACUCCCACAGCAAUGCCGUGGGCAACCCUGAGUAUCUCAACACCCCCCGCCCCGCCUGCAUCAACGGAGGACUGGACGGCCCUGCCUUCUGGGCACAGACAGGCAGCCACCAGAUUAAUCUGGACAACCCAGACUACCAGCAGGCCUUCUUCCCCAAGGAAGCCAAGUCAAACGGCAUCUGUAAGGGUCCUGCCGCCGAAAACGCAGAGUACCUAAGAGCGGCACCAGCCAGCAGUGACCUUACUGGGGCAUGACCUCUGAGGAUGGCAUCGGCCCCAAACUGCCAGGCCCUUCAGCCCCCGGGACCACGCUACGGCAGCUACAUAGUCCCGACAGCCAUGCCCACGUUAACGCUCGGACCUUGGACUGGCUUGGCCAUCUCUGCCCUGACCAGCCCGACUUCCAGCCGAGAAGUGCCCUGUGGCAGAUGCGUCCUUGGAAGUUGCAGGGACAUUCCUUUGUCUUCAGACUGUGAGGCCUCCACAGAAGGCAUCCGGAAAGGGAUGUUGUCCGUUUGGGUGAAGAUCACUUUUCAAGAUAUGUUUGCAAAAAACUAAAUAUGUUUAGGGAGUUUUAUCACUUGGGGACCUUUGGGGUGUUUAGUCGUCAUUGAUUUUGCUUUUAACGGGCUCUUCCAACGAGGAAGAAGCUCACUUGUAGCACUUGGGCCGCAGAGUCCACCCAGAUACGGGACCAGCCCGGGCCAGCCUUCCGCUAACACUUGAUUCCACUGGCUCUGCUCGGAGGCUCUUCCACUGCAAGGCGGUUGAAAACCAGCUAGUUCUCCGUGUCCCAGGCAGGCCCGAUUGGUACUCUGUCAAAUCAUGUCAGGUGCAAGAGGAUAAGCCACUUUGAACCCUUCCUGGGCAGGGGAGAAACGGAGAAAUGGGUAGAAUUCCUCCUCAGACUUACUUUCAUCCAAAUGUCUCCACGGUACUUACCCUCCAUCGAGUGACCAGUGUUUUCUGAUUAUAUGUGUUGGAUUUACUUGUUUAUUUUCCAUUCCAUUGUUUUGAGAUUCAGUGUGCUUUCCAGCAAGGGGAGAUGGGACAUCAGAACAUUAGCCAGUAUCUGCUCAUAGCCGACUCAUCAGCACGCAUACCAGCAGCCUUUAAUGGAGAUGGAACAACAGUGCAAAAGGGAAAGUCCCCCAAAUUGGAGUCGGAGAAAAUGCAUCAAGUCGUUUGGGGGUAGGGUGGGCCCACCGGGAGACUGCGAAACGGAAGCUGCUCUUGAAACGCUGUUGGCCUUCCGUCCGAAACAAUCGGUUUAGGCUACUCACGGAAGAUAACUUUCUUUUUACUUACUUUAAGGGUUUUUACUCAAAGCGCACUCUGUGCCUCACUGGGAAGCUGCCCCAAAGCCCUUCCUUUCUUUCCUGAGUUGAGUCGAAGGGCCCAGGCCCUGGGGCAGCCCUCACCGCAGCUAGCAGGUAAAGUAAGGACAGCCUUGUGCCUUGUGGGGAAUAUGAAAUUUGAUUUUGAAAGUGAUGACAAUGCCGUCACAACAUCUACAGGUACGUGAGAAGAAAAAAAAAAAAAUCCCCUUCAAAUAACUCCCUCCCUCUGCUUAGAACUCGGACUCGCUUCUCGCCUGUGUCCCUGCACCCGAUCGGCACCUCGGUUCUUUGUAGACUGGGUUGUAAGUGCCCGCAGCUGGCUCCCCCUCCGCACGGAAGAGGGGUUUCAGACAGUUCUUUUCAUGCUGUGAUUGUGUUCACCCACACACAACACACAGACACACACACAAUUUUCCUCUAGCUUGUAAGUUAUUUAUUCACUCAGAUGGAUCAGGGCCCCAUGGUUUUGUUACCAAAGUAUUUCAUUUGGUCUCAAAGGAAAUAUAACCUAUAUCCCACUCAGUUCCAUCAUAUCCUGUUUUGAACCCCCUUCAACACCUUUCCAGCCCUGCAGAGGUGCUAAAGAUAGAAAAAUAAAACAGUCCCUGUCUCCACAAAAGUUACAAUUUAGUGAAGAAAAUUGGCUAACAGUAUAACGACAGAUGCCACAGAAGCCGCGUCAGCCCAGCGUGUUGUAGCACAGAGGAGGGAGUGGGGCAUCUGGUCCUGGAGGAGCCCUGGGGGGUCAGGCAGGAGGCCCCCGACGGGGCGGGGGGUGGUGCAGAAAGAGCCCUCCCAGCCAGGGAGCCCAACCUCAAAAGCAGCAGCCGAAGGAACCCCUGGGGAAGCAAGCCCCCUCACGUCCCUCCCCCGGGGGACUAGAAGGUGAUUCCUGGAAGGUUAACUAACAUUCCUAAGAAUCUGAAAUUUGAUGCCCUUGUCACCAAACCACGUUUGUUAUUUACUCUCCUCAGAAGGAAAGCCCCCCAGCCAGAUAGUUACCAGCACAGAGAGAGAGAAUGUUUCGCAUUUGCUGUCACUUGUCGUGUCCUCAAGCCCCAGAGCUUGGGAGGUCAGUGACAUGCUGACCCAGCAGGAAAAUCCUAGCAUUUUUGUAAUUUGAGAUAUUUUACUAUAAUGUAAUAAAAGAGCAAGAGCUAGUCAAGCUUUUUUUUCUUUGUAUUUCAAGCUUCCUGCAUGAAAUCUAACUGCUAAAUUCUCUUAGGAUUGAGUUUCCCAAAUGCUCUUUCUCUGUCCAGGGAGGUUCAGGGCCAGAGGUCCCUGCCGGUCAGGAGUGGGGCUCCUAGGGCUGCAGGAUUCCUACGUCGUGGCUCUGGCCCGAUCCCAAAGCUGCCACUUGUCACUUUGGUUCUCCUAGCUGACACCAGGCCCUGAGGCCCCACGGAGAGCCAGUCCGUUGUUUCUUCCUUGGCCAGGUCCUGGAAGGCCAGCUCCAUGUCUGGCCUUUGGAAACAGAUCAGGGGAUGGUAAGAGUUAGAAGCUAACAUUUACAGCUGACCCUUGAGCAACACAGGUUUGAAUGGUGUGGGUGGACAGGAUGGCACUACACGACCCCCACUUAGUUGAGUCUGUGGAUUAAAAAAACCCAGUGGCUCAAGCGGGCCAAUGGCAAGGUUAUAGGCUGGCGGGACAGCACCCCAACCCCUGAGUCAUUCAAGGAUCCGCUUCUCACAGACUCCUUAAGGGUCCCUGUCAUCAUCAUGCUCUAUGAAAAGUAGCUCUGUCACCUCGGGAGGACCGAGAUGAAUCUUCCAAACGCUUAGGUAUUUGUUGAAAGUUCUUAAUUUUGAGCUUUAGCCCCCUCCUCUGCCAAAAGUGCAGAUACGCUUGAGCCAUGGAUCACGAAGCACGAAGGCAGCGGUUCCCAGGCCGGCUGCUCUGGGGAGUGGGAGUGAUGGAAUUUGUCUUAGGUGCUGCCUGGGCCCAGGGACUUUCUGAGCACCCCCAGUGACCCUGCUGAGCUCCAUUUUGGGGAGCAGCUGGUGCAGAGGAAGUGCUGGCAGGGUCCGCUGGCCCUGGGCCCCUGACGCACCCAGCGCAGGCCGGGGCUGUGCGCCUGGGGCGUGAGGCUGUGGAGUUACAGUGACUCGAGGCCCUCACCCUCACUGCCCACCGGGGUCCCCGGUGGGCAUAACAGGACCAAUGGAACUGGAAUCCCGGGGCUUCCCCACAUGGGAAGCCAGAGUCGAACCCCUUCCCUGAAGGUCACGUCAGUUGUGCUGGCCUCCGCGUCUACACCAUGCUCCCAGGUCAGGGCAGAGUCAGAGAGACCGUGUGAAAGAGUCGCGAGGCAGGACCAGAAGCAGCCCAGGCUUUAUGCCUGGACGUGGCCGCUAGAGCCUCGGCUGCCUUGUCACAGAAGCCAGCUCAUCCUGAAAAUGGUAAAUACCCAAAUCUGAGCCUUGAUGAAGCCCCAGACAGUUUCAUUUUCUAAGAAGCAAGCUAGAACGUUCCGUUUCCGGCCGCAGAGGGAGAGCUGCUCGCUGGAACUUGGUCUGUUCUGCAUUUCUCUCUUGUGAUGAGCACAUUACACCCUGACCUGCUUACUUCCUUGCUGGGGCCGUAGAACCUUCCUGAAUAGAAACCCUUGCCUCUGUCACCUGUCACACCAGCAAUAGCAGGGACACAUCUUUUGGUACUAUUGCAGACACAUGCAGACAGCAUUUUUACAUCUAAGUCUAUUUUUGUAACUUUUCUGAGCACUGAACUUUGUAAGGUAUAUUUUUAGGAAGACUCAUUUUUCUACAAAAGCAAACAGUUUAGAAAGACUGCAAGAGAAUGAAAAUUUGAACCUGAAAUUUUUGUUGAAAGGGACUUAAGUGAAGCAGACAUCUCCUCUCUCAGAAAGGCACACCGCUUUCACAGAGCCAGGCCAGAUCACAGUCCUGAUGAAGGGGGAGCUGUUUUUAUAUGUCUUCAAGAAGGAAAAAGCACACCUGGCUUAGUCUUGAUCUGCGGCAGGUCCUGUUGACUCUGGGGCAGUUCAGUGGGAAAGAAUUAUUGUCUGUUACCGCUAAUAGACAAAUUCAGCUUAUUCGAGAAAAACAGUAACAGCUCUUUGUUGGUUUAUGUAUGCCAGUCUGACUUUGAUGCACGUUGUUUCAUGUGUGUAUGGGCAGUGGAUAUGCACUUAGGAUACGGCUUAGAAAUACCCGCAGAGCCUCCCUGUAGUGUUUGCCACAUUUGACCAAUGCCACCAAUGGGCUUCCAGCCCUUGAGAUGGGGUUCUCAGCUGCGCCGUACGGUAGAGUUGGGGUGGGGUAGCUUUUGAAGAUCUUGAGGCCCAGCCAUGUCUCACUCAGGCCGAUGAAACCUAGGAUUUAUACUUUGUUAAUCUCCUAAAGUCAUUCUGAUGUAGAGUCCCUGCCAAGAGCCACGGGACUGGGAAUGAGCCACAGAUGUGUGGAUGUGCAGAUUCUGCAGAUGUGGGCACCGCAGGACUGAGGACCUAAACCAAGCACAGAGCACCAGGGUCCAUCGCUGAGGGUCUGGGACUUCUGGGGGAGGGUCCGCAGUAGGUGCCCAAGCCCGUGGUGGGGGGGGGGAGCGGAAGGAAAGGAAGUCCGUGUCCUCUUAAAGCUGGACUGGCAGUGAGCAUGCUGGCUGCUGGUGCCCUGCCUCUAACCACUGUGCAGCCUUUAUUGGCCGGGGAGAAAGCCGACUUAGCAGCGGGUCACAAAGGGAGAUGGUGAAUAACAGGACGAUUGCGAGAGUGCUUGGAUGGCAUUCGUACAAGCAAGAGUCCGGCAAGAGGAUUCUUGCCUUAGGAAACAUGUUUUCUAUGUAUUUUUAUAAACUGUGUCAGGGAUGAAAACUGAAGCAGUCCUGUCCAUUGCUCUUCCACGUGUAAGUGCACAGUACACCUCGCAGGUUACAGCUCUCCUGUCUGGACUGGCAGCAUGAGUGCCAAGAGUCCCUACCUGGCAGAUGAAAUGCAUUGUUGGUCCAUUUGCUUAUUUUUUUAAAACAAACCCUUUUGAGGUAACUUGGCUCCAAAGCAAUCUUGCCGUAUAACAGAAACUCUUGGAGGUGAAGACGUCCUGUGUGUGGAACCGCUGACGUUAGAGGUCUGCUGGCAGCAAUAACUUCAUCUUAAAACAGGCCGGCAGUGGCUUUAGAGCUGCUCUAUAUGCUACGUUUUAGCCGUAGAGGGUUUUGCUAUGGUGAAAGCAAUAUUUGUACAAAUGGAAGGCAAGAUUUUCUUUUAUAUGGUUUACACUCUUGAUCAAAAUAUGUUGAUGUAUAUGGAAUAUUAAAAAUUAGAUGUAUAUUAUUCAUUGUUCUUUACUCAUAAGUACCUUAUAAAAAUAAUACUGUAUUCUUGUUCACAACGCCCUGUUGCUAUCAGUUAUUGAUCAUAUCCAACCUACUGUGUGUGUUCUUUCCUAAUAACAUUUUUAAGCUAAUUAAUAAACUUUAUUUUUAGAGCA